CUGUUCCCUCUCCCACCACACUGGACUCUGAAAUGGGCAUCUACAGAGAAGAGGAGACCCCAACAUGCUUCAGGCUUUGAGUGGAGAGGACACAGCCUCUGCUGGGACAGGGAACAGAGGGAUACAGAGACACUGAAGAUGCUUGUGGACAGUGGUCUGAGGUCGGGACAGUGGCAGGAGACACCAUUCACCCAGGAUCUCCGGGACAAGAGAUCAGCCUGGCAGUUACAUGUGUUUUUCUUCAAACUGGUUGCCAGGUUGGAAUGGCCAAUGACAUCAGAGAUUCCAACCUUCCUGAUUGGAGGGACCGGACUCCGUUGGCGCCUGGGAGCUGAGGUGGACAACAGCAUCUUCUCAGAGCUGUUCGCCACUCCUGACUUCUCCCAGCCUCGAGAAUUCAUAACACACUCUUCUGGCUCCUAGCAGAGUCCAGAAGAAGGCCUUGGACAGAACAGAGACUAGGUUGCGUGGGAUGGAACAGAUUUUGGGAAAGAUCACGACCCUGCUCCCCGAGGAUAAGGAGGAGAGCCCCCAACCGAACACCUCAGGGUACCCCCUCCAGGAGGUAGUGGAUGAUGAAGUGUCGGGACCAUCAGCCCUUGGGGUAGAUCCCAGCCCCUCAUGUAGGUCCCUUUGCUGGAAAAGGAAGAGAGAGUGGUUGGACCAAUCUGAGGAGGAGCCAGAGAAGGAGCUCGCCCCUGAGCCUGAGGAGACCUGGGUGGCGGAGACGCUGUGUGGCCUCAACAUGAAGCUGAAGCGACGGCGAGUGUCGCCCGUGCUCCCCGAACACCACGAGGCCUUCAACAGGCUGCUUGAGGAUCCUGUCAUUAAAAGAUUCCUGGCCUGGGACAAAGAUCUGAGGAUGUCGGACAAGUAUCUCCUGGCUAUGGUCAUAGCGUAUUUUAGCCGGGCCGGCCUCUUCUCCUGGCAAUACCAACGCAUUCAUUUCUUGCUGGCUCUCUACCUGGCCAAUGACAUGGAGGAGGACAGCAAGACCCCCAAACAAAACAUCAUCUACUUCCUGUACAGGAAGAACCGCUCUCAGAUACCCUCGUUCCAGAAGCGUCGGUUCCAGUUCUUCUAUUCCAUGCGCCGGGGGGCCAGGAAGAACCCCUCUCAGAAAGCCUUGUUCCAUAAGCUUCGGUUCCAGUUCUUCCGUUCCAUGGGCUUCAGGGCCUGGGUUUCCCUGGAGGAGUUGGAGGAGGUGGGUGGGGCGUGGGGAGGUGGAUAUGGGGAGGAAUCGGGUGGGCUGGAGGCUGGACGAGGGGAGAGAGGGGUAUCCUGGCGAGUCCCCAUCUUCUCAAAGGGUGUUUGUUUUUCCAGAUCCAGGCUUAUGACCCAGAGCACUGGGUGUGGGCGCGAGAUCGCGCCACCUUUCCUAGAGCUCCAGGGACCAUGGAGGCCUGAGGUCAUCGGCCUGAGAGAAGGUACAUCUGCGUCCUCCAGGGUAAAGAAAGAAUAUUGGGGUCUAUUUCAGAAAUCCGAGGAACCAAUUGCUUGAUCCAGC